AAAUCCGCAAAAUAAUUAUUCAUACAGCGUACAUUGGAUAAACACUACUAAAAUUAAUAUGACGGGCUUGAAGAAAAUGAUGUUGGUCUUUCCUGUUCUAUCCUUUCUGCUCUUUCUUUAUGCUUGUUACAUUUUACAAUGGGAAACUGUAGAAGUUAUCUUCUGUUCUAUAACUGCAAAUGGACUAAAUGUGGCAUUUUCCUUCUACACAACCUUGAUGCUAUUCGUUCCAACCACAUUCCAUUGGAAUUCCCCAAGACUGGCGUACAUGCACAUCAUGUACUUUACUCUUCAAACUAUCCUUUCUCUCAUCAAUACAUGUGUAACCGACAAUGUGGAGUUGAUGUUUAUAAGCCUAUGCCUCUUCUGUUCUGGCUGUUUUCAGGUGGUUUUAGUCUCCUUUCUUUUACCCCUGCACCUAGGACAGGAGGAGGUAGGGAUUAAUGGAGAUAAACCUGACGCAGGAGGUGACAGGGUUCGGAUACUUAUACUGGAACCACAUGAUGAGCUUCAUUGAAGGGGUUCCAGCAAUUUCACGAAGAAUCAUGUUUUAUAUUUGUAAUAUUUACGAGUUGAAUUGUUUUCAGUGUCAAGCAAAAGAGUUAAGCUAUAUAACAUAGCGAAAGUUAAACCGGAAAAAACUGGAACGAUCAAAAACCCUUUAGUUCUUAUUUUUUUUCUAAAACAUCAAAAUAUGUUAAUGAUAACUUCUUGUAUUUAGCACUUUUAAGAUUUAUGAUAUGAAAAUAAUGUAAAUAGUUAACCUUUAAAACCUU